CACUCACUUGCUCCUUCAUGGACCCUGUCAGCGGUAGCGCCUGCCUGCUCGCACUGGUUGGCCUCUUGGCAGCGAUAAUCUUUUUGCAGCUUCUGGCUCUGCUCCUGUUGCGCUGCACCAGCUGCUUGCGUGGCGAGACCGCUCCUCGCUACAGCUGGACGGCAUCGAGAGGGCAUGGCGAUGCUCAGCCAGUGGCAGCGGUAGUUCCAUACAAACGGAGUCUCGCAGAGAUCCGGGCUGACCGGCCAAAGGCCUUGCCGGACCAGCAGGAGCAGGGGCGGCUCAUGGCCAUGCUGAGCUGGCUGCGAUUUCCGAAACGGGAGACGCCUACUGCUGCCGUUGUCGCGACGAUCGAGGAUGGCUUCAGCGCGGCCUCUCCGAGGAUGCGAGUGUGAGUGAGGCACGCCUCACCGGCGUUUCCCAGUUAGGGUCAUCCUGCGGCGGCUCCGCAUGUGUUGGUGUCGCCCUUGCCCAUCUCCCAUCGCCCAACACGCCACGGCGAGUUGAAGGAAGGUGUCAUGUCGCGUGUCCAUGUGUCUGUACUUUUGGUAAGAGAGAACUACAGUAUACCGAC